AUGGAGGAGGAAUCCCUCUUGCUUAACCAUGUGAAAAAACAAUUAUAUCAGCUGCCAAUUAUUCAUAAUACUGUUCAACAAAAUUUGCAAAAAGAACAACAAAAACAGAAAGAUCGAUAUAAUGAAAAAUUAAAGAAAAUUGUGUCAUACCAAAUAGGCGAUCUAGUUUUGUAUUAUAAAGCGAUGUUAGAUAAGCAGUGGCUUAAAAAAUUAGACCCAAAGUGGAAAGGACUAUAUUAUAUACAUGACAUAAUUGGAAAUAGUGCUUAUAAAAUUAGGAAAAUAAAUAGGAAAGUUCUAAAAACCCCU